CACGAGUGAUCUCAGCGGGCGCUAUGCGAUUAGUAUCUUAUCUUCGAUUUCGACUACGGUCUGCGAAAUAUUAUCCUUGUCAACCCUUGAAUCAGUAUAACGCUCACGCCGCGUGCGAGGUGGGAGCUUACGGCAUCCUGGGGCACGCGACUCUCCUGGUGGAACGGCAGACGAACGACGUGAACUUUAUCAUCCACAACAUGCCGGUGAUCGCGAGGAUGAGCGCGACCGCGAAGAUCACGGGGAACACGUUGCCGCUGCUGCAGGGCGAAGUGCCGGAGGUGUCGGGCGGGUUGCUGGUCGUGUUGCCGCGCGAACAAGCUGCCGCCUAUUGCAAAGCUCUGGAGAAGAUCGAGCAUAGGCAAGCGUGGAUCGUCGGGAUCGUCGAGAGCGGCGGCCGCACGGCGCGAGUGAUCGAGAGACCACGAGUGAUCGAGGUGCCCGCCAAGGAUAACGGUAUUUCCCUCUGGUAAACGCACGAAGGACCGCAGGACAUCGCUCGUUAAAAUCUGGGGAAAAAAAUCUGGCAGAAAUGCCGUUCGCGCUUGCUGCUGCGGUUGGAUCAUCUUAACGGCGCUUCGUCCAACGGACGGGGAGCGAAUUGUGUCCCGGAGCCACGCGAUAUUAAUGCAGCGCGCGAUGAUGGUUCUCGAACUGACGAUAUGGGCGAUCUCGACUCGAAAGUCUUUUUCCUCGAGAAAAAUUCAUUUUUCAAAUCGAUCCUUUGCCGCACGACUUUUCUAUCGUAUCGCUUCUUCUCGGUAGAGAAUCGAGUUCCGAUCUGGUGAUAUUCUGUUGAUAUAUACUUCUUCAUCAGUGCUGAGUUUGAUGAGGAAUUCAAACGCGAUCAACACCGUUCGAGAGAACCGAUUUGAAACAUUGAUUUUUUUCGAGAGAAAGGCCGAUUUCCUGAAGAUCGAAUCGAGAUCGCACUCAUCGCUACUUCAAGUGCGUGCGUCCCAGCUGGAAGAAGGCCGACUCUUUCUCUCGCGGAAUUUCAAUGUAAUUGUGACACGGCGACUGGACCGACGUCGAUCGAAUUUUCGUCGACGAACACGCGAACUCUCUUGUCGUGAAAGAGGAGAGAUCCUUCGUCGGUCUAACUCGACGAAAUAGCGAGCGUAUCGCGCGUCUACUGGGAGAGCAUCCACGCGGGAGAAACGCGAACGUUCGCAUCAACGACGUUUGUGUCGCGCACCUAAUAGCGAGGUACAGUUAACAAAAGUCCCAUUAACAUCUGCUUAUGUAUACUGCAUCCUUCCGGUUCCCCUGGUCAUGGGAAAUCUGUGAACUCGUCGCUCGCGUGUUUACGCACGUCUAUCUUUUUAUCGCUUCCCACAAUUACUUUUCUCGCGUGGCAUCUUGCACGCGAGUUCCUUGACGCCUUUUGUCCUUGAUACCGUCGUAUCUCAACAAUGUGUGGUCUCGCCGAUAGAGCCGAGAAAGUUCGGGUUCAGCCUACGGUUGUCGGCGUAGGUUUUAUCCCUAUCAGAUUCUGCUUUUUCCUCUGUUUUUUUUCUUUUUUUUUCUGAAACCACGUUUGUCUAAUUUUAGCCGUCGAUCAAUCGAUGUGCGGCUGAGAUCGGCGAUGACCGGCGUGUUAAUAAAAACAUCUUCAUUCGCGUACACCGCGAGGUCUUUUUCGCUUGGAAAUAUCAAUUUUGAUAUUUUGACAAGAAGUUUCUUUCUCGCGAGGAGUCCUGGCGCAAAAGUCACCGUCUCUUGCAAAUUAAAGUUUGCGGAGAUUCAGGCUAUUGUUAGGCUUUCUCUCUAAGCUCUUUGUGUACAUUGGACAUUGCAAGCAAGAGAGAAACGGGAGCAAUUAUAGAACGAUGAUCUUUUUUCUCUCAUUAGUCGAUUUAGAAAAGAAAAAACAAACGCUUCCUCGAUUACGCGAAGAUAAUCGAGUUAAACUGGCCUGUCGCGAAAAGUCCUCAUCUUCCCGCGGAUAAGAAACAGAGGGGGAGAACAGAGAGAGAGAGAGAGAGAGAAAGAGAGAAAACACAGGAGGAGGGCAACCGUCGCACUUGGAAAGUCGUUUGACGAUGGCAUUAACGAGCGCGGAAACGUGUUUACGACAUUUUUUCUCGCGGCCGGCGAGCAGCGGAGGAGGAGACGUUUCGCCGGCGCGGCGGCCACGACGAAAGGUCAAGUCAGGAACGACCGCUCGGUGACCCUCGAGCGAUCAGGGUCACAAUUCAGAGCGCACCGCGGCGAAGUGUGACACUGCGCGUGCGAAGUAUUUGACACGCUCGAGAGAUCGAUCGGAUCUGCUCCGCGACUUCCAAGGAAAGCCGCGGCGACCGUGAAAAUGUGAUUUUCAUGCCGCAUUAUUCCGCCGGCGCGAUGGAGGAGGCAACCGAGGAGGAGCGCGUUUCCACGCGCUACUUCCACCGACGCUCCGAGCCGCCGCCGCUAUCCGGCAGGAUGCAAUUUCGCGAAAUUCCCUAGCACGUAGCGCGUAAUAAGCACACGCCGUCGAUUUCGAUCGGCGUGUUACGCGGCGCGUGCUAACAUGUAGUAACGCAAUACCGUUGCCGUUAUAUAGUAUGCGUAACGCCGUUAACCUUUAGAGAACCGGCAUUUUGCCUUAAAAAAU